ACACUGCAUGCUAACAGCGAUUAUGUUGUCUCUUACAUACGUCUUUCCAUCCUCACCUGCCCAGGCCGAUGUGGAUUCUUUAAAAACCCUUAGGAGAGUCCUGUUACAUUUAAAUUGCCUAUAACGCUUGUGUAAUAGACUUAUGACUGACGAUAGGUUUAAUUAAAAUACAACUGUCUUUGGGAAGCCUGGGUGGCUCAGUGGGUUAAGCGCCGGACGACUGCAGCUCGGGUGGGUCCUGAUCUCGCGGUUCCCGAGUUCCAGCCCCGCGGAACUCAGAGCCUGGAGCCUGCUUCAGAGUCCGUGUCUCCCUCGCUCUCUGCCCCUCCCCCGCUCACUGUCUCUCGGAAAGUGAAUAAACGUUGGAAAAAUUUUUAAAAAAUACAACUAUCUCUAAUGUAUUCUUAGUAAACGACGCCAGUCUGUGCUCCCGUAAGUAACUGGCGCAUGUUCCCCUUUAAAUUAGACCUUAGUGGUUUUCUUGGAAGAACCGAUUCCGCAUUUCCGAGAGAACCCCGGCUAUUUUUCUAGAACGGCUGUACGGGUGUGGAUCAGGCGCUCUCUCGUUUCCCUCCCUUUGUGCAGCAUCUAUCCUGGAGGCCACGUAAUAGCUAUCGCCCAAAGAAAACUCCGAAUCGCGGUUGCUCGCGUGUGCCACCAUGCAGCGGCAUUCGCUGCCCAGAGACCGGGAGACUUUAAACAGCAGAUCGCGGGGCCUGCGGUGGGAGAGCUGCGUGCCGGCCCCGGCGUGAUUAGGGGCCAGCACGGCGACCCGCGACUGCAGCCGGGAUUUAAGGCCACCGAUUCCUUCGCAGCCAGGCCGGGACGGCGCUCGAGAGGCCGCCAGGUCGGGAGCCUGGGCGCGCGGCAGGAAGGACGCCGGCUGCGGGCGCUGCCCGAACUGGCGACGCUCCGGGCACGCGGGCGCCCCUCCCCGCGCCCCGGCCCCGGCCCGCGCCUGCCGAGGGAGGGAGGCGGCCGCGCCGAGAAGGGGCUUUGCUAAUUGCCGAAGCAGGAAGUGAGCACGCGGAGGACGCUGCGGAGAGUCUGGGAGGAGGUGGAGGAGGAGGAGGAGGAGGGGCGCGCAGAGCCGCGGUGGUGAGCUCCGGGCGCGUCGGCACGGCAGGACCUGCCAUCCCUGCCCUCCCGCUCUCCAACCCCGUCCCCGAGGUCGCGCAGCCCCCUUGGGCGCUCGUCUGCCCCACCCCGCCCCAUGGCUUUCCCGGACGACCCUCUGCGCGCAGAUCAUAUGGCAAAGGAGCCAGUGGAAGACACGGACCCUAGCACUUUAUCCUUUAACGUGUCAGACAAAUACCCCAUUCAAGAUACAGGACUCCCUAAAGCUGAGGAAUGUGAUCCAAUUACUUUGAACGGCCCAACAAAUUCUGAUGCGCCACAUGAGGGAGAAGAAAACGGCUUUCCAGACAGUACUGGAGAACCCCUUUCAGAUAUAAGCGGAGGCGAGUCCUGCAAAGAGGACUGCACUUGUCCCGCCUGCUCGCUCCGGGCCCCCACCAUAAGUGACUUACUCAAUGAUCAGGACUUACUAGACGUCAUCAGGAUAAAGCUGGAUCCGUAUCACCCGACAGUAAAAAACUGGAGGAAUUUUGCAAGCAAAUGGGGCAUGCCCUAUGACGAACUGUGUUUCCUGGAGCAGAGGCCUCAGAGCCCCACCUUGGAGUUCUUGCUCCGGAACAGUCAGAGGCCGGUGGGCCAGCUGAUGGAGCUCUGCAGGCUCUACCACAGGGCCGACGUGGAGAAGGUCCUGCACAGGUGGGUGGAUGAGGAGUGGCCCAAGAGGGGGCGUGGAGACCACCCCAGGAACUUCUAGACCUCUCCGCUUCCCGCUGGCCUCUUUGGACGUUGAAACAGCCACAGGUUAAGGAGGAAUGUGGAUCUGUUCUUUCUUAAGGGUUUAGGAUGAGGACACAUGACAGUGGACAUUGGUUUUCCCCAAAGCUGGUGGGUUUUUUUUUUGGAGGGGUAGGUUGUGUUUUGGUGGUGGAUUUUUGUUUGUUUAGUUUUGCACAUCUGUUUUAAUUUAACAUUUGAACCUGGAAUUGGGAAAAAUACUUUGUAGACUCACAUAGGGACCAGGGCCAAAGACUACAAUCAGAAUGGACUCAUGCCAUGAUGAAAAUAAAAUUAUCCUCUCCCUUAAA